GCCCCACAAACGCGCGAGAGCGAGAGGCGGCGUCCCGACGUGCGUUGCUUCGCUCACUUUUCGAAACAAAUUCGAAUCGGAUCCGACUCAAAGUUAGUCAUGUUAGCGGGGUCGAAAGCUGCGCUCUGUGAUUGGUCAAAUUGCCAAAAACCAACCACCUUGGAGCGAAAAUGGUGAUUUUCAACGGUGUAAACAGUUAAAAUCAGUGACAAAUUUAAAUAAACGUGAAAUGGUUGUGUGUGAAGUGUUUAUUUACGGAUUUCGACGUUUCGUGUUUUUGAACGAUUAACAGAAAAGCGAGUUAUGUCGAAAUCGAUGAACAUGCUGAGAACCAGAAGACGGGAUAAUAACGUUAAACCGAACCGAAGGGAUACACGUGUUCGCAGGUUGGAUCGGAAAUCCUCCAGAGGAAUGAUCUACGAAAACGAAGAACUUAGGUUAAGGACCAUCAAUAUCAAUGCCGAAAUUGAAAGAGGUCAGUACGACAUAAAAAAAUUAAAACGUGAAAAUGAAAUGCUCAAAAAAGAAAUCUGGUGUUUGCGUGACGAAUACGACAAACUCGACAAACUCCUCAAGGAAAAAGAAUACGAAUUUUCCUCCUCCUCAACCACCUGUAGUACCAGCGAUUCUGAAAGUUGUAGCACAUGCAGUGAAGAAUCGGAAGAAGUUGAAACGUCGCAAAACCUCGAAAACGUCCAAAAAACCAACAUGAAAAACCUCCACUCGGAAUUCGACCAUUUAUCGGUCGUUCCGGAAGAAAACAGUACCGAAAAUUCCGACAAAAGCUCGCUUCAAGAAAAUAUUAUUAAACCAGACCAGACUUACGAAAAAUCAAACACUUUACCGAACCUCCAACCGAAAAAUUUUUUCUCGCCCAUUACGAUAAGUAAAAGUGAUGAUGAAUUUUACACCGAGAAAGUGGUGACCACUAAUGCGAGCAAUUUUUACCAGAACAUGGUUCUAGUGCCGAAAAGUGAACCAUCGGUGGUACCAUCAAUGGGCAAAACCACGACUGAUUUAUUGGUAAAAACUGACAAUCACCCCUUUGAUGGUACCCCCAGUAGGAGCACUUUCAGCAAUGGAGGGAAUUUAGAAGAACUACUUAAUGAUAUUGAAUCAAUUUCUCAGGAUAUUUUAAAAAUUACCAACGACCAAGCUGCCGAAAAUAGCACUCAAAAACCGUACAAAAGUGAACUAAACGUUGUCCUAAUGCCAAACCCGAUGCCACUGCUCGGUUUCGAAAAAUACAAAAACUUACAAAACAGUUUCGAAAGUUUACACUCGAAAUCGGCGGAAAAACUCAACAAUUGUGAUCAAACAAAUCCAUUUUUCGCCGAACAAAAUUCGGAUUUUUUCAAUUCGCGUUACAACCCUGACAAUUUUCAAAAAGGCUCAAAAACUAAUCUUCUAGAACUGACCAACUCGUCCGAUUUGAUUUCGAGCGAAAAUGAGGAAAAUCUUAAAUUUCAAACGUCAAAGACCGAAAACACUGAGGAGAAAAAAUCACCGAAAGAGAGUUUUCGUAGGAAGGUUUCCAUCCAUUUUAAGGGUAAAAAAGAAAAGAAAAACUCAAUUUUUGAUAUAAAAUUUGGUGCUUCUGAACCGAAACAUCAAAAAACGCCAAGUGUGGAGUCCCGGAAAACACCGGAACCUAAAACUUCCAGUUCCGGAUCUGAGAAAAAGAAACCGGAGGAGAAAAAGGCGCGGAAAAGUGUGUCGGUGAGCCCGGAUAGAAAACACGUCCAUGUCAAAGAUGAGAAAAAAGAUAACGACCAGAAACGGCACCGCAAGCACCGAAAGAGCCGCCGGGGGACCCUCACCAGCGUGGAGCGCCCCCACCGCGAGCGCUCCUUCUCGGUGUGCACCGACCGGUCGGAGCACCGCUUCGGGGCCCCCUUCGAGGACUCGGAGCGCGAACGCACCAACAGCCUCAGCAGUUGCGAGACAGUCAAGACGCGCAAAAUGUCCAACAUUUCCAACAUUCCGCUCAAUGGAAAAGUGCCGUGGUGUGCGUGCUGGGGCAAUGGGUGCAUUUAGACACUUACCAAGAAUCGUCGAUGUUGCGAGCAGGAAGACACAGAGGUGUUUGUUCAUGAUUAGGUCAGCGACAUUGUUUGGCACCGGGUCUGGGUCAAGGGGGCAAAGGGUCGAUGCACCUGCAGGAGCCACAAAUAAAGCAAGGUGCUAACGGGGCGCUUUUAUUACUUACGGUUGAUAAACAAAUAAAUUGCACUGGAAAUAACGCCGAUUUGUGUAAAUAUACACAAAGAAUGUUUUGGGAUGGUUUGACAGAUGAAAAGUUACUAAAAAUAGAAACGCACCAAAAAAAUGUUGGCAACGCCACGCGACGGAAUUUUGCAGUGGACCAGUGGACUACUCACCCAAACAAAUCAUUCGAGAAAAAAUACAUGUUCUUUUACUUAAAUUAAAUUGUUGUGAUACCAAUACGAAAGAAUCUAUACUGUUUUGUCCUUUAUUGUAUGAUAAUUUAUAAUAAAUAAAUUGAUAUCUCGUUUUCUACAGCCAA